AUGGAGAAUCGCAUGAAUCGCUCAGAGUUGCAAGAUGUUUUAGCGGCUGUUGGCAUUGAGGUUCAGCCACGAGCAACUACUGCACGGAUGCGACAAAUAUUUGCAGAUAAUCGAAGUACGCUGGAAGAUUGUAUUGCUCGUCGUCUAAGUAAUGUUGAAGGCCUCAGCAAACAAACCGCUGUUAGCUCCUCCUCAGUCGUCACUACCGCUGUCACUACCUCUACAAUUGCCGCCUUUGGAGACUCCGCAAGCCGUGAGAGUGUGCAACCAAUACAACAGCAUAAAAUACAUUUCCAAGAUAUUGAGCAUGCUAUAAUAAAAUUUAGCGGAGAAGACCGCACAUACUCAGUUCAUGACUUUUUCCGUCACUUGGAACAAAUUUUUGAACAAGUUGGUGCAGAUGACUUAUUUAAAUUAUUGGCGUUGCGCAAUUCGUUAACUGGUGCUGCGAGAUUGUUACUAACACGAGGUUAUUUGACGUAUGAAGAGUUAAAGCAAAAACUUAUUGGUGAGUUUGGACGAACAAUUAGCCGUCAGGAGGUCUAUCAGGCACUUCGCAUGCGUACUAAAAAGCCAACAGAGAGUGUCCACCGUUAUGCGAUGGAAAUGGAAUCUAUUGCUCACCGCAGCGAUGUUAUGGAGUUGGAAUUAGUUGCUUUUAUAUUAGAAGGUUUAAGUAAUCGUAUUCCAGACUUCGUUUUGUUUAACACUGCUAAGAAUUUAAAUGAACUAAAGGGUGCUGUUGCCAUGUUCGAACAACGGCAGGCUGUGCGUGGUGUAGCCAAUAAACAAGAUGCCAACCGUGAAACGAAGACUACAGUGAAACUUUCAUCUGGUUAUUUUGCUGACAAUCCAACGCAAAAUGCAAACCGCUGCUUUAAUUGUUCUAGAUUUGGUCACCGUCGUCCAACAUGUCUGUACGAGGAGCGACCGAUUAAUGGUUGUUAUAACUGCUGGAAGAGUGGCCAUAAUCGCAAGUCAUGCCCGAAUCCAAAGUACACACCGAAACUUAAAAGUGCUACCUCUGUUGCUAUGACCAUGGAUUGUGCAGAAGAUACUAAUAUUGUCGAUGAUGUCGCAUCUGCACUUGAGGCUAUGAAUUACGUAAGUGUUGUUUUUGAUGAUACAAAGUGUGGGCGUAACAUAACCACAACUGUUUUAUAUCUUUUUGAUACCGGCAGCUCAAUUAGCUUAAUACAUAAAUCUUCCGUCCCAGUAGCAAUUCAAGAGGAGACAGAUGAAACCCAAUAUUAUGGCCUUGGAAAAUUUAAAAUUAAAACUUAUGGAAUAACACCUUUAAUGGCUGCUUGCAAGUGUAAUUUCCCUGAAUACGUAGAAUUUUUUGUUAAAAAUCAAGCAAAUGUACUCUUGCAAGAUUCACAAGGUUAUACGGCUGUUGAGUAUGCAGCAAAUUUUUCUGAUCGGGCAUGUACGGAAAUUCUAGAGAGAACUGAAUUUUGUUUGCAACAACAAUUACAGUUCACUGAUGAAGAUGUUGAGAAAACACAACUACUCACAGCAUAUCAAAAGCAGAGUAAUUACGAUAAUGAAGUCGAUCAUGAUUUAAUAUUAUCUUUGCUGGAAGGUUUAUAUCGAGGCACUCAUCCAGGUGCCAUUCUGGUAUUCUUGCCUGGUUAUAAUGAUAUCGUACAACAACGUGAUCUCAUAAAUAGUACAUUACCACCUGGUACAUAUAAGUUAUGUAUACUGCAUGGACAAAUGGAUUCUCAAGAUCAAAUAGAGGCAUUACAACGUCAUAACCAAAGAAAAAUUAUACUUUCCACAAAUAUUGGCCAAACAUCGAUCACUAUACCUGAUCUGGUAUACAUUAUCGAUUCAGGCAAAAUUAAAAUGAAAACUUAUGAUUCUAUAACUGAAUCUUCACAAUUACAAUCUGUAUGGAUCUCAAAAGCAGAUGCUAAUCAACGUUCUGGUCGCGCUGGUCGUACACAAAACGGCAUCUGCUACCGUUUGUAUUCAAAAGCUAAAUAUGAAUUUAUGCCACAAUUUUGCAUACCAGAAUUUAUGCGUAUACCAUUGGCGGAAAUUUGUCUCUACGCAAAAACUUUUGAUAAGAAUACUGAUUGUCAGACAUAUUUACAACGUGCACUGAAUCCGCCAUCGAAAGUUUGUAUACAAAAUGCUGUGAAAAAACUGCAAAUCUUACAAGUAUUCAACGAUGAUGAAAGUGUGACGGAUUUGGGCAAGCAACUUGUUGAGAUACCACUUGAUGUGCAACUCGGCAUAUGCUUACUCUAUGGUGUUUUCUUUAAAUGUUUUGAUCCAGUAUUAACAAUUGUAGCAUAUCACUCUGUAAAGGAUCCUUUUCUACUACCAACAGAUCGCUCUGCGCAAGGACAAGCUUCAUAUCAACGUAAACUGUUUUCAGCACAAAGCUUUAGUGAUCAACUUGGUGUGUUGGAGUUGUACAAGGCAUAUUCUACCGUUCGAAACAAUAAAAAACGUUGUUUCGAUUUUUGCAGUAAAAACUCUUUAUCUUAUUCGGCAAUGGAAAUGUUCUGCGCUACACGACGCCAAAUAUCCGAUCUAAUGGUGCAAAAGUAUCGUCUAGGACAUAAUGCAACAUUAUUUAAUGAUGAUUGGGAAAUGGUAAAAUGUUGCUUAGCUGCUGGGCUAUAUCCUAAUAUUGCCGUAUUAGAUCGUUAUAAAAAUGAACUUUCAUCUAGUGUAGAAAAGAAGCUUAUAGUACAGCGAACCUCAGCUUUGAAUCCACCAGGACAAAAGAAUCUAAAAGAUUUUAUACAUCAAUUGCCGCAUGAUUGGAUUAUCUUUUAUGAAAAGUCACGUGUGGGCAAGUUGUGCUCUAUUAACAUGAACACUGUUAUCUCACCUGUUGUCGUAGCACUACACUGUGGCAGAUAUUGCAAUAUAAACGAUUAUGGCGGCGAGAAUUCCGAUAAAUCUGAUGAUGAAGCAGAUUUCGAAGUUUUAUCAAAGGAAGUUCGUGAUCUUGCUUUAACAGAUGAUCAGCAGACAGUUAGUUUUAUCUUGGAUAAUUGGAUACACUUUGAGAUGAAUAGCAAAGAUGCGAAGAGUUUAAAAACUUUGCGCUCAGCUAUUAAGACAGAAUUUAUAACUUUCCUACGACGCGGUUUUAUAGAAUCAUCAACGACUGCUGUUUUUUGGUUACAAAAAUUGCUACAUACCUUGGAUCAGUUUACUAUAUCAUAAAAUAAUUAAAACUACAUAUUACUUUUAAUUUUAUAAUUAAUUUUCCAUAUAUUGAAAUUUUUACUUUUGUAAAUUUACAAACUACAACACACACAAGGUUAUAAAUUACUAUUAGCAUUAAGUUCACAUAUAACAAAAAAAAAAAAACGAAGAAGAAUGUAAAAUUUUGU